AUGGGUCACGGAGGAAACAACAUCAUCCCCAAUGUGCAUUUUCGCAAGAUCAACGGAUGCCAAUCCGGACGCAAGAACCGUGUGUUCAUGCGCACCUGGUUGGACCAGGCCGGUCGCAAGAAGCGUCGAUCCAACGCGCGCAAGGCCAAGGCAGCCAAGGUGUUCCCGCGGCCGGCUGCCGGCUUGCUGCGGCCGGUUGUGCACCCUCCAACACAGCGUUACAACAUGAAGCUUCGCCUUGGCAAGGGCUUCACCCUUGACGAGCUCAAAGAGGCGAAGAUCCCAAAGAAGUACGCAAAGACCAUUGGCAUUGCCAUUGACCACCGCCGCAGAAAUCGCUGCACGGAGAGCCUCCAGGCCAACGUAGAGCGCCUGAAGCUUUACAUGUCCAAGCUCCUCCUCUUCCCAAAGAAGGCAGGUGCCAAGAAGGUGCGAAAGGGCGACACGCCCCGCUCGGAGCUUCAGAAUGUGGCCCAGAACACGCUCAAGGAGAUCAUCCCUGUGCCCAAGCCGGAGAAGCGCACCCGUGCCCGUGCCAUCACUGCCGAGGAGAAGGAGGCGUCGGCUUACAAGCAGCUCAAGAAGGCACGCACCAACAAGCACUACCUGGGCGAGCGCAUGAAGAAGGCCAAGGAUGCGGCUGCCAAGGCCGGGACCGGAGCCGGCUACGACCUCUCUGUUACCACCUUUUCCCCCGACGGCCGAGUCUUCCAGGUGGAGUAUGCCGGGAAGGCUGUGGAGAACAGCGGGACAACGCUUGCGAUUUGCUGCAAGGACGGUGUGGUGUUCGCAGCAGAGAAGUUCUUGCAAUAUCAGAACGCGCAGCGAGCUCAGUGUGGAAAUCUUCUCCUUGGCUGUACUGUGAGGAAGUUCCACCAGAGCUUUUGGCUGAACGAGCGGUCCUCGGAAAGGUACUGGUCCGUGCGUCCGUUCGGCUGUGCGGUUCUGCUCGGCUGCGUGGAUGAGGAGACCAAAAAGCCCGACUUAUUCUGCAUUGAGCCCAACGGCAUGGUCUACAAGUACACAGCCACGGCAGAGGGCAAGGGCAAGCAGGCGGCCAAGACAGAGAUCGAGAAGGUUUUGGCGAACAAUCCAGAGCUCACCUGUGAACAAGCCCUCGUCCACGUUGCAAAGAUCAUUCACAAGGUGCACGAUGAAAAGGACAAGGAUUUCGAGCUGGAGAUCUCGUGGAUCUGUCCGGCAUCGAAUUACCAGUUCUCUGCGGUGCCAGCAGAGCAGCGGAAGGCGGCCGAGGCCGAGGCCAAGCGAACCAUCGACGCAGAGCAGGAGACGCUGCGAAACAGUAGUGUCACCUGUAGCACCCGCGGAACGGAGACCAUGUCAUUCAACACAGCCAAGCUGUUCGUACUGCUUGGAGUCCUGGUCGGAUGCAGAGGGCAAUGGACAGCUGGUACAUAUGUGACGGCGGAUGAUAUCCGGAUGGCAGAGUUAGCGGAUGACAAAGCUGCCGUCGCAUGUGCUAUACGAGACUCCUUGGAGUUGGAGGAUCGGGACAAGGCACGCAUGCAGCUCGAGGAUGCAGCUGCCGGCAACAUCCUGCUGGAGCUCAUGACGGAAGCACAGAACAACGCGGAGCUCGUAGACAGCCUCGCAGCCGAGCUUCCUGGAAGACUCAUUGCAAUUGCUACUCCUCUUAUCAUGUUUUUUCUCAUCUUUGCCAUCUACAUCCUGGUUUGCUGCUGGACGGCAUGUCCAUGCUGCAAGUGCUGUCGCUGCUGCCGCGGGAAAAGGAACAUUCCCUUUAUUGUGAAGCUGCUCUUCUUGCUCGUGAUCGGAGGCGUAGUCUUGGCUCUGGUGAUCUUGUCCAGCUUGUCCACACGCGGCUACUCGAGGGCUGUGGAGGGGUUCGACGUGACAAACUGCGCUGCGGCACGAAUGGUGAAUGCCACCUUCCAGGGACAGAGUGAUCCUUACUUCUUGGGCUUGAUCCCUGUGCUGAACAUCUUCGACGAGCUCGAAGGCAGCCUGGCCGAGAACUCUCAAUUCAUCAACGACCUCCGAGCCAUUUUGCUAGACACCAAGGACAUCACCGAUUCCGUCACUGUUGCUACUGCCACGUUGGAUAUGCUCAGCGCGAUGUUGAGCGACUCUCGGAACACGUUGCCGACGGGCACACUUCAUGAGUGCGCGGCCUGCGGGCCUUUGGCCUCGACGCUCAGCGAUGUGAGCAGCGCUGUCUCUUCUGGCACUGCUGCUGCACUCAGCGCAGCGCGUGUUGAGGUGGACAACCAGCUCUCGGGAAGCAGCUUGACCAGCCUUCGGAGCUCCCUGAGCACCGCGACUGCUCCACUUGUCGAGCUGAAGACGACCAUUAAGUCAAGCUUCACUCCCUUCGUGGAGGACACUUUGAUGGAAACGCUGUCUGACCAGAUGAAUGCCAACGGGACAGUGGCCAGCGUGUUCAUGAUUGGUCUGGCCUUGGCUAUUGCAGCUUGCGCGAUUAUUGCCGUUCUGGUGUGGAUGUGCUGCGACACGCGUCGAAGCGAUGACAGUGGAGAACCGGUGAGCAGUCCGUGGACGUAUCGAUGCGCGUGCUGCACUUGGUGCUGCGGCUGCUACUACACCAUGUUGGCCUUCUUCCUGGGUGGUAUCCUGCUGAUUUUGGCCGUACCACUAUCCUCCAUGUGCCUGAUAAUGGAGGAUAUCAACAGCCAAAUGAUCACGGAUAUCUCUGGAGCAUUGGAGAUUGAGAUUGCUGGUCCUACCGGCGACAUGAUGGGAUCCAUGAUUGACCAGUGCAUUCAGAACUCCACUGCCAACCCCAGGCUCCUCGAUCUCAUUACGAUCGAAGAGAACGGCCAGCAAGUCACCAUGUACAACAAGCUGGUGGUGCAAACACAGGCGCAGAUCACGACCCAAUUUGAUCAGCUCGGGAACGCUCCCAGUUCGAGUCUUGCCAGUUCCACUGAGGUUACGAAGCUGACAAAUAUGCUGCGGGAUGUACCGUUGGAUGCAAUGAUGUUUCCUCAGCAGUCGAUUGCGACCGACCCCGACUACCAGCCCAUGGGGGCCUCAAAUCUGGCCCAAUACCUUGCCUCUUCCGCUGCAUGCGGCAGCUUCACGGUGCCAACUGGCUACUCCCUCCCACAAGAGGGUACCACGACGGACGGCAUUUCCAACUUUGCCAUGGCAGUCAGUUUGGAGGGCUGGGGGGGCAUCGCUGACUACAACCCGGUCACCUGUGCGAAGCAGGUCAACCUGUGCACAGGACUUACAGCUCCUGAUGCGCAGUACUGUGCGGCAACCGCCCGGUUCAUGGAUCUCAAGCAGGAUCUGAGGAGUCAGAACCUUUUCACAUGCCGACGCUUUAGACAGUCGGGUUCAGUUUGCGAUGUAUUCAACAUGGCUCAAUCCGGAAGCACUUGGACGAGUGAUUGCCUGGGUGCAGCCGAAGAAGAGUACAGCUGCGACAUCGACGACUUCGUCCGUCUGGUACAGGACUACGACGUCCGCCUGGCAAAGGUCUUUAACCGCCUGGACACGGCUACAACGGAUUCGUUCACCAAGAUCCAGACCAAUUUGAAGACCCUCCUGGACCAGUACUUCCUCAGCAAAAUCACAACCAUUGGAAAUGGCGUGACUUGUGGUUUCAUGGGAGAAACCUACAAGGGUGUCAUUGAUGGCAUGUGCUAUGGCGGCGUCUGGGGCGUGCAGGCCGUUUCAAGCUCCUACGCGGCUUGUGCAGUGGUGACCUUGUUGCUCGUGAUCAUCAUGUACGUUCUGUGGCGGCUGUCGCUGGACAACGUCGCUGCGGACCAGAAGUUGCACGGAGCUGAUGCAGUUGUUCCCAUUGCUGGCUGA